AUGAGCAAGACGAAUCCUGCAACUGCCAAGCCCCUCGAAGAAAAGCUUCGUCAGAAGAAGUCGCUUGAACGAGGAAUCAGCUCAGCAUCCACGCUGCCUGCCACGGAGAAGGAGGUUGCUGAGUCCCCCACAUUGCACUACUCCCCGAUAGAAGGUAAGGCGAAAGGACAGGAGAUCGAGAUGUCCGAAGCGGAGGAAACAGAAGAGCCGCCCCCGCCACCACCGAAGCAGAAGUCACAAAACAAAGUUGCGCAACCAGAAGAACAGAAGACUGAAAAGAAGACUGCGUGCAAACGAAGAGCUUCAAAGCCUGAAGGUCAAGAAGAAAAGAAAGACAUGCCAAAGAAGAAGAAGAAGACGACAGAAACACAGCCUGAUGAACAAGUGCCGAAACAAGUUUCAAAGCCACCGAAGAGUGCCAAAGAUCCUGCAGCCAGUCUGCCUUCCCCGAAGCAGGAGCCCCCUUCCACAGAUAUUGCAAAUGCAGUCAACUCAUCGUUGGCCAGGGCUGCAACAGUAGAUUUGCAGUCAGUGGCCGCACCACCAGAAAUCGCGAUGGGAAACGAUGAACCUGAUUCAGCAGAUGGCAGCCCAGGUGAUGAACCAGAUCCAGAAGGUGUAACCGCACAGGAGGUUCGCCGGCGCAAAGAAGUUCAUGCGCGAUACAUGCGUCCGAAGACACCUCGUGAGAUUCGUUUGGCCGGUGAAGCGGCAUUCAGAUGCAGUGAUCGCCUACAAGUACUUUUUGAGCAGUAUGUUACCUGUGGAGGCCAUUGGGCUGAAUCAAGCAUCUACCUGCAGAUGAAGAUCGAAAGGCGUCUCCGAAAGACCGGGAGCCGUCGGUGGCUGACAUGCCACGAAAUUGCAAUUAAGUACGGAAGCCAAGACGCAGCUGAGAAGAUCGUGGCUGCCAAGGAAGCAGAUGCAGAGACAGCAGCAACCCACAUCCGUCCCCACCCAGAUGCACCACACAUCACCGAUAUGAAGCAGUAUCUUGUGUGGGAUGCUGACAGCAUUGAGGAUACCACAGAUGAGGUAACGAGCAACUUGUUCGCAGCGGUCGACCGUGACCGAGAACAGAAAACUCAGUCAAAGGAUAAGAAGAAGAAAGGUAAGAAUUCAAAGAAGAAGAAGAGUAAGAAGAAGAAGAGUUCAUCGUCGUCAUCGUCAAAGUCCGAGUCAUCUUCUUCGUCGGAUGGAUCUGAAAGUUCUUCAGACAGUUCGGAAGCAUGGCGAAAAAACUACAUGUAUAUCUGGAACAUCUACAUGUUUCAUAUAUCAUGA